UAUACAUCAGUGAUCUAAGCUGCACUAACGAUAAGGUUAUAAAAUUUGUUUACUAACAAUAACAAAUCCCAUGACAAUCUAACUAGACUCAUUCGUGAUAUGUCAACUCAGAAUUAUUAAAAGUCGUAUGUUUCGAAAAGUACUGUCAGUAUUGGACAAACAAUAAUUUAAAUGGGAGCGUAUCUAAGCAAGCCUGUGAGAUCCAAGGCACAAGAAAAGGGUGAAGGUAAUGGACUAAAAUUCGGAAUGACCAGCAUGCAGGGUUGGCGAGAGAACAUGGAAGAUUCCCACGUUGCUAAGAUUAAUUUGGGAAACACCCAUUCUGAAUGGUCUUACUUUGCGGUUUUCGACGGACACGCCGGCGAUACCGCUUCCCAUUAUUGUGCUGAACAUUUGUUGGACACAAUUCUACAAUCAAAUUUUCCUUAUGACGGUAAAGAUGCAAUAAGAGCCGGCUGCAUCAAAUUGGACAAUAAAUUGAAUGAAAUGUUGUCUGAUCAACAGGACAGAAGUGGAUCGACUGCAGUAUUUACAUUCAUAUCAAACAAACUUCAGUAUAUUGCAAACUUGGGCGAUUCGAGAGCUGUGCUGUGUAAUAGUGGCAGGCCAAUAUUUUCAACCAGUGAUCAUACUGCUGAUGUUCCUACAGAACAAGAGCGCAUCACAAAUGCUGGUGGGCAUGUGUCUUAUGGCAGGGUCAAUGGUAAUUUAGCAGUCAGCAGAGCACUAGGUGAUGUUCAUUAUAAAAAAAAUAAGGGGAAAGAACCUAUGCAUCAGCUUGUCAGUUCAGAGCCUGAGAUCUUCAUUAGAGAACGAAAUCCAUCUGAUGAAUUUCUAAUAUUGGCCUGUGAUGGGUUGUGGGAUGUGAUGUCAAAUGAGGAAAUGUGUGCAUAUAUACACAGUAGACUUCUUGUCACAGAUGAUUUAGAAGAUAUUACUAGUCAAGUUGUUGAUACAUGUCUGUAUAAAGGUAGCAAGGAUAACAUGACAAUUGUUUUAAUAGUUUAUCCAGGGGCCCCAGCUCCAUCACCUGAAGCCAUAACAGCUGACAAAGAAUUAGAUGAAGUCAUUAGUAAAAGGAUCAAAGAGCUGCUUGAGCAAAAUAUGGAUAUAGAUUUUGGAUCGAUACUUAACGAUUUAAAAAUUCAUAUACCUCAAAAGGAUUUACCUCCUGGUGGAGGGUUUGAGGCUAAGCGUGCAGUUAUUGAUAAUAUAUUUAAAGAACUAUGUCCCUAUGUUUGUCUGGAAAAAAGAGGGUACUUUGAGAAGACUACUCCAUUCUUCAAUUGAGGAAUGUCUACAUUCCACGAAUUUUAUUUUUACUUUGUAUAUAUUACACUAAAUGUUUAUACGUAAUAAUUUUUAAUUACACUACACGAAAAUGAUAAAUACACGAUAAUUUACAAAUGCAA